AUGCACCAGUUACUCUUCGAGCAUGCGAUAAACAAAUUCAACCACUCUCCAUUGGAUGUCCUCAAAGUUUACAAUGAGUACAAAUACUCAAGAUUGGACAACUUGGAUGCGAUGAAAGGUCAUUUCCCGAUGAAAUCUCACUUAGCCUCUGUCAAUACUCUAUCUUUAGAUCCUUUGUAUAACCAAUAUUUAUUUUCUGGAGGAGGUGAGUCUUCUGUCAAGCUGUGGGAUCUAAAGCAGCAGGAUGAAGUCGAAGAGCUGGAGCCCAUUUAUAUUCUUCCAUCUAAGUCUGUGCACAAAUUUGGUAUCACUCACAUUAAAUGGUGGUCCGAUAACGGGUUAUGGCUGUCGUCCUCAUUCGACCAUACAUUAAGCGUUUGGGAUGCAAAUGAAAUGAAGCAUGUCCAUUCUUUUGAUCUUGGUUCCAGAGUGCUCCAUUUUGAUUUCGAAGACCAUGGUCGCAAUUCUUUGGUAGCUGUUUGCGCAGACGGGGGAGUCGGAGGACUCAGGCUCUUGGAUUUGAGAACGCUAGCAGAUGCUCAUACACUGGGAGGCGGAGGAAAGCUUCAAGGAGGGUAUGGGUAUAUGCUGAGUUGCCGGUGGUCACCCGCAAACCCCAAUCUUGUGGUUGGUGGCAGCCAAGAUGGUUAUUGUAUAGGGUGGGAUGUACGACGUGCCGAUGGUUGUAUUUUCAAAAUGGACUAUAAUCUAACAACAACUAACUAUAGAAGCAAUACCAGGCAGUUACUGCUACACGAAACCACUCCUAAAGCGCACAAUGGUGGAAUCAACUCGAUACUUUUCACCGAUGAUGGGGCGGAACUUAUAACCCUUGGACAUGAUGACAAAAUAUGCGUGUGGGAUAUGACUAGUGCGGAAAAGCCGCUUAACAAACAGGUCAAUUUUGGCCCCCUAGUGAGGAAUAAAUCUACACAAUACAUCAGCAUGGCUUUGAGUCGUAUGAACGAAACAGAGCUACAAUACCUAUGGUUCCCAUCCGAAAACGGUGAAAUUCUAAUUUACCGACUUGAGGAUGGCAAGCUGGUCGCCAGACUAAAUAAGAAUGGGAGUGCUUUGAACAAAAGGACAACAAGCAUCGUCUAUGCUAAAGAGAGCUCGAUCAAGUACUACAGUGGAUGCAAGGAUGGGACUAUUUCCGUGUGGGGCUAUAAUUCUCUGCUGGAUAGCAAACAAACCGAAGAUGAACUAGAUUUCAAUAGUGAAAAUCUUGGAAGCUUAGCGAGCGAGACGGAGAACUUUGACAUCCUUGAUAGGAUCCAUGACGAGAUUGAAGCUAAUAAGAUUCGCGCAAAAAACACGGAUUUUUGA